AUGAAGGCAACUUUAUCUGUUCUUGCGGCGCUGUCCGCAGCAGCCGCUACACUUGACUCAAAGUCCAAUUCUGACAAUGGCUGCCAAAAGCCACUUCCAUCAGGUGUCAAGCUCGAUCAAUCCGUCGACUUGACAUUGGAUAGCACGAGCGGUGUCUCGCCUCGCAGGUACCGCUUACAUAUUCCGCCCUCAUACGACAGCAACACCCAAGUCCCACUCAUCCUAUCCUUCCAUGGCCGUGGCAAAGACGCAGAAUACCAGGAAGCCUUGAGCCAGUUCUCGAACGCAAGCUACGGUUUCGAUGGGAUUGUCGCAUACCCCGAAGGCGUAUCUAACGCGAAAGGCACCCAGCAAUACCAAGGCGACCCCGACUCCCCAGCCUCAAUCAAUGACGUAACGUUUACACUUGAACUUCUCGACCACCUACAGUCCGCCUAUUGUAUCGACCCGUCCCGUAUUUACGCGACCGGGAAAUCGAACGGCGGAGGUUUCACCGGUGUAUUGGCUUGCGAUGCAGAAGCCACCAAACGUAUCGCUGCAUUUGCACCCGUGUCUGGUGCGUUCUACCUAGAUGCAGACGAAAAUCCUCCUCUUUGCGAGCCUAGUAGGCGUGUGCCGAUUAUGGAAUUCCAUGGGUUGAAGGAUAAGACAAUUCCGUACGCAGGUGGCAUCAACACGCGCGGAAACGCUAAUUCGACUGAUGUAACGACUUGGGUUGAUGACUGGGCUAGGCGCGAUGGAUUUGAUGUUAGCGCAAACGAGACGAGUUAUCUGUGUGAGAAGGACGUGGGGAAAAUGGUUACGCGCUAUAGUUGGGAUGAUGUGGUCGUGCACUACAAGUACGAGAAUUUAGGUCAUGAUUGGCCCAGUUCGUUCCUCAACGGCGAUACGGGCGAUGAUGAGGGCGUGCUGACUUGUAAGGAGGCGGAGGCAACACCUAUUAUUCUGGAGUGGUUUGGCAGAUGGAGACUUUAG